GAACAGCUUCUGAAGAUGGACGUGUGCGAACCAAGUUUUCAACACCCUCUAUUGGAGUGGGAAAUUCAAAGGCAGAUUCCAGGGGCAGGAGUCGAACAAAAGUUGUAUCUCAGUCUCAACCUGGAAGCCGUUCUGGUUCUCCUGGAAGAGUUUUGACUACAACUACACUUUCAACUAUGAAUACAGGUAUUCAGAGAAUGCUAGUCAGCUCUGCAACAGCACAAAAACGGAGCAAGAUUCCUCGAAGCCAAGGAUGCAGCAGAGAAGCAAGUCCUUCAAGAUUGUCUGUUGCUCGAGGUAGUCGCAUUCCUCGACCUAGUGUAAGUCAGGGAUGCAGUCGGGAAGCCAGUCGGGAAAGUAGCAGGGAUACAAGCCCUGUCCGCUCUUUUGCACCCCUUGCUUCCAGGCAUCACUCCAGAUCUACUGGUGCUCUCUAUUCUCCAGAUGUUUAUGGAGCUACAGGUUUUGGAAUUAGUCAAUCAAGCCGAUUGUCUUCAUCAGUUAGUGCCAUGCGUGUCUUAAACACAGGCUCCGAUGUUGAAGAAGCAGUAGCAGAUGCUUUGCUGUUAGGAGACAUUCGGACAAAGAAAAAGCCAGUUCGAAGGAGGUAUGAAUCUUAUGGAAUAUACUCUGAUGAUGAUGCUAACAGUGAUGCUUCCAGUGCCUGCUCAGAAAGAUCCUAUAGCUCACGAAAUGGCACAAUACCCACCUACAUGCGACAGACAGAAGAUGUUGCUGAGGUCCUUAACCGCUGUGCAAGCUCCAACUGGUCAGAGAGAAAAGAAGGUCUUCUUGGUCUACAAAAUUUAUUAAAAAAUCAGAGGACAUUAAGUCGUGUUGAAUUAAAAAGAUUGUGUGAAAUCUUCACCAGGAUGUUUGCUGAUCCUCAUAGCAAGAGAGUGUUCAGCAUGUUUUUGGAAACUUUAGUAGAUUUUAUUCAAGUUCAUAAAGAAGAUCUACAGGAUUGGCUUUUUGUGCUGCUGACCCAGCUUCUGAAAAAAAUGGGUGCUGACUUGUUGGGAUCGGUGCAAGCAAAAGUUCAGAAGGCUUUAGAUGUGACAAGGGAAUCAUUUCCAAAUGAUCUUCAGUUCAGUAUUUUAAUGCGGUUUACUGUUGAUCAAACUCAAACACCAAGCCUGAAGGUGAAAGUUGCAAUCCUUAAAUACAUAGAGACACUUGCACAACAGAUGGACCCAGGAGAUUUUGUAAAUUCCAGUGAAACUCGCCUGGCUGUAUCUCGAAUUAUUACUUGGACAACAGAACCCAAAAGUUCAGAUGUUAGGAAGGCUGCACAAUCAGUGCUGAUUUCUCUUUUUGAACUCAAUACCCCUGAAUUUACAAUGCUGUUGGGUGCUUUACCAAAAACAUUUCAAGAUGGCGCCACAAAGUUGCUUCACAGUCACCUCCGGAAUACAGGCAAUGGGGGACAGGGGCCCAUGGGAAGCCCAUUAACAAGGCCUGUUCCACGCUCACCAGCUAGUUGGUCUAGCCCCAUCACUUCACCAACCAAUACAUCCCAGAACACAUUAUCACCAAGUGCAUUUGAUUACGAUUCUGAAAAUAUGAAUUCAGAAGAUAUAUAUAGUUCUCUCCGUGGAGUGACUGAAGCAAUUCAGAACUUUAGCUUCCGCAGUCAGGAGGAUAUGAACGAACCUAUGAAACGGGAUUCAAAAAAAGAAGAUAGUGAUUCAAUUUGCAGUGGGUCUGGAAUAGUAGAUCUACGAACAGGAACUGGUGUGACUGAUACAGGCCGAACAGUUCUUGACAACAAAACUUCAUUACUUAACACUAUGCCUCUUCAUUCCUCCCCACGGUCACGUGAUUAUAAUCCAUACAAUUAUUCUGAUAGUGUUGGUUCUUUUAAUAAAUCAGCUUUAAAAGAGGCUAUGUUUGAUGAUGAUGCAGAUCAGUUUCCUGAUGAACCUUCCCUGGACCAUUCUGAUCUAGUCGCAGAAUUGCUAAAGGAAUUAUCAAACCAUAAUGAGAGAGCUGAAGAACGGAAGGCUGCUCUUUAUGAGCUAAUGAAAUUGACUCAGGAGGAGUCUUUUGGUGUUUGGGAUGAGCACUUCAAAACAAUUCUUCUUUUGUUACUUGAAACUCUUGGAGACAAAGAGCAUACAGUUAGAGCCCUGGCACUGAAAGUCUUAAGAGAGAUUUUAAGACAUCAACCAGCAAGGUUUAGAAAUUAUGCAGAACUCACAAUAAUGAAGACUUUAGAAGCUCAUAAGGACCCUCAUAAGGAGGUGGUAAGAUCAGCUGAAGAGGCUGCUACUAUGCUGGCCACAUCUAUUAGUCCAGAUCAAUGCAUCAAAGUACUUUGUCCCAUCAUUCAAACAGCAGAUUAUCCUAUAAAUCUGGCUGCAAUCAAAAUGCAGACCAAAGUUACUGAAAGAGUACCUAAAGAAAUUCUUGCUCAACUUUUGCCAGAGAUAGUGCCAGGUUUAAUACAGGGCUAUGAUAACUCUGAAAGCAGUGUUCGAAAGGCAUGUGUCUUCUGCCUUGUAGCUAUUCAUGCAGUAAUUGGUGAUGAGCUGAAGCCACAUCUUAAUCAACUCACUGGCAGCAAAGUAAGUGACAUGCCAUACCAAAAUCUGAUUUUGAUUUUUUCUAAUUUAUGGAGAUUUUUUUUAAAGUGUGGGUGGAGAUGGUUUUAAGACCAGAAAUUUGUUCAGAAUCUCAUUUUUGUGCUCUCUGCACUCUGUUGCUACUUUUAUUUUUCAUGAACUAUGUUAAUAUAUAUGGAAAAUGAAAUGUUAUAAAUAGAGCUUGUAAUACAGUUGUAUUUUCAGACUGUAAAUUAGAAAGCUGAUAGUUCAGGUCCUAAUCCUGCAUACAAAGCACUUUAUAGGCAUGUAGAAAAACUAGAAUAUCAUAGCUUUACGUUGUAAAAUAAGUCUGUUACAUACUAUUUUUCUUUCAGUGAAAGACAGUAGUCAGAUAUUCAGUUCUUCAACAAUAGUUUGAAUUGCGGAAAGUACCAUUCAAACCAGGCUCAAUGGCUAAGAUGUUCAGUGGUUAAGAUGCUGAGCUUGUCGAUCACAAAGAUCGGCAGU